CGUCCAUUCGUCACAGAUUCUUCUUGGAUAAACUUCGCUUGGCCGCUUGGCUGCUUGGCUGGGCUGCCUGGAACAGUCGGCGCCAUGGCCCGUCAGAUGGCGAAUUUUGCCCGGCUCAUGGACUGCGUAGUGUUCACCACGUUCCUGAUGUUUGUGAGUGGUUUUGGGCUUUUCUUGCUUGGGGAGCUCUACAAGGGUGUAGUUCAACGAGAGACCAAAAAGCUCAGCCAGAUCGCCAAUGUUGUGGUAAGGCUCUUCCCCUUCCCUGACAAGAAGUACGAGUUCAACUUGACUCACGUGGUGAUUUUCUCCAUGCUAAUCGGCCUACUUUGCAUGUUGCACCAUCCUGCGCAGGAUAUUAUCCAACAUGAACUUGAGAAGGAACAAAAGAACAAGAAGAAACGUGAAGAAGCCGAAAAGAGGAAGAAGAAGGAUGAACAGAAAUCAAAUGAAUAAUGCAAUUAUCAAAAUAUAUACAAAUAGAAUAUAUAUAUAUAUAUAAACAAAA